CCAACUGAUUGUUCUUAGAUUGCUCCCAGUACUGUGCAUCUAUAAGAAGGCCUUGUGUGUUUGAGUAUUCUUCCAGGUAGAUUCUGAGAAGUAAAAUUACUGCAGUUUUGAAAGUUUUGCACAUGUAAACUCUGAGUAGAGACUCUGAGAUUGCCAUCACAAAAGCCGUGUUACACUCCCGUGAGCGUUUCCUGAAUAGUACUCUCUGUCCUGCACCGUCAUCCACUCCUGACGUUUCAGUCAUGAAGAAUUUUGCCAGUCUUAUGAAUGAAAAUCACUUUUGGUAUACAUUUCCUUGAUAGUGAGAUUGAAUGGGUUUUCAUGUUUCCAUUAGCACUUCAUUUCUUAACACAAUACUUGUGUUUAAAGACAGUAUAUAUCCUGUGUUCUUGCUUUCCUUCAAGUAACUGAUCAGGUGGUUGGAGCAGGUCAGUUUUCAGUUUGCUUCUCUAUGGACCAGAAUCAUUUACAUGACUAUUUUCUGCAGUCUUACUCAGCAAUAAAACUGCUCAAAAACAGUGAAAGGCUAGAGACCACUACAGAAUCGGGUUACCCUCUAGAGUAUGCCAGAAAACACCUAGCAUCCUAUAGUGCACUCGGCAAUCUUUCACUUUUUUUCCUGACAAAUGACAUAUUUAAAGCUUCUAGCACAUUGUCUGGCUCAGAGUGAGAACUUAACAAAUUUAAUUCUCUUCCAUUGAAAGAAUGAAAAAUAAAGUAAUUGAAAAUUUAUGGCAUUUCUGUAGAGCUGCAAUUCUUUGGAUAGAAUUCAUAUCUAGAUUGCUAGAUUUGGGCUUCCCUGACAGUUCAGUAUUUACCUUUGUUUUCCUUGGGUCUUUCUCAGUGCUUGGGAACAUUAUUAUAGGUAGGUGUUCAUUAAUUGUUUGAUUGAAUGUAACUGUGUUGAAGUAUGUUCUAAUUCAUUAUCCUGUCUGGAAAAACAUGUAUAUCAGGAGAAAAUAGGCUUGUUUUGUUUACUUUGUUAUUUAUCAUGUUUUCAGACAGAGAUUAGGAAAUACAUCCUAAACACACAAAUGGAUGGCCUUGCAAAUGACUAGACUGACUGUUGCCUUUCACAGUCCAAAUUGUGUGACUGUAGCUAAACAGAAAUCCUCCUACUAAGAGCCAAUGUAGUUUUGUCGUGUGCACUCUCAAGGCGUUGUUAUGCAGUUCUCUCUGUGAAUGGGGUUUUCUACACUUGGUAAAGCAGGCUAGCAUAUUCAAUGUACGUUACAGCUGGAAUAAUCCAUUGCUUUAAAAAUAAUUUUUAUCUGCUUUUUAGAUUUAGUGUUCAAAUAUUUUUUCAUAAGUAACUGGGGGAAAAAAUACACGGUGGCUACUGUAGACUGUAAAAUGAAGGAGAAGCUUAGCUUUACUGUGGAGUCUGAGCUGGGUGUAACCUAACUAGCUAGAGGAUAUGCAAUUCCUGAUUGACAGCAGGACCAGCAUUAGGCAGACUUUGUAAGAGAGAGCAGCAGCUCAGAAACCGUGAUAAGGGCUCUGUUAGGAAUCACUGCACUCACCACUCAUAUCUUUAGUUUCUUCAUUUUUCUGCCUACUGGAUUUGUAAACAAAUAGCACAAAACAGUUCCUCUUUUGUUUUUAUUAAAGUGAUACUGCAAUGCAGUUUCAGUCUAUCAGCUAGGCAAACAUGUCGAAAUUUGAUAUUCUCACUAAAUUAGCCAGUUUUUAGCUGUGUUCCAUGCUUAUCUCUAGACCUUUGUGUAUUAAAUCCUAUCUCGAGCUGUUCUCUUUAUAAGCAAGUGUGUUUUGCUUGUGCCUUCCUGUCUUCAGUGAGAAGCUUUAUGUAGGUCAGGCUUGGCUUAAGCAGAUUUCCUGAACCUGCGUCAGCUUAAGCUGGAGGAAUUUUAAUAAACCCUCCCCUGUAGGCGUGGGCCUAAAUGAGGCUAGCCUAGUUAAGCCUGAUCUUUUUCUGUUUGUGAAAAGAGCUGAGCAGAGCUGAAAGCUGCAUGGUGGUUUCAGAAACUGCCUACUUAAUUUGAAAAGAACAAUGGUAGGAAAAGCUAGAUCUUCCAAUUUUACCUUAUCUGAAAAGCUUGAUUUGUUAAAGCUUGUGAAGCCAUAUGUUAAAAUUCUGGAAGAACACACUAACAAACAUUCAGUGAUAGUGGAAAAGAAUAGAUGUUGGGAUAUCAUAGCAGUUAACUAUAAUGCAAUUGGAAUAGACCGCCCUCCUCGAACAGCGCAGGGCCUACGCACUCUUUACAAAAGGCUCAAAGAAUAUGCCAAACAGGAGCUAUUGCAGCAAAAAGAGACCCAGUCAGAUUUUAAAAGCAAUAUUUCUGAGCCAACCAAGAAAGUUAUGGAAAUGAUUCCCCAGAUUUCCAGUUUUUGCCUGGUAAGAGACAGAAACCACAUACAAAGUGCAAACUUGGAUGAGGAAGCACAGGCUGGUACCAGUUCACUACAGGUAAUGUUGGACCGCCAUCCAGUUGCUAUUACAGUGGAGGUGAAGCAAGAAGAAGACAUUAAGCCCCCUCCUCCACUGGUUUUAAAUUCUCAACAGAGUGAUACUUUAGAGCAAAGAGAAGAACAGGAAUUAGUGCGUGUAAUGGAAAGAUCUUUGUCACCAUCACUUUCCUCUGUUGAUAUGAGAAUGACAUCGUCUCCAUCUUCUAUCCCAAGGAGAGAUGAUUUUUUUCGGCAUGAGAGUGGAGAAAAUUUUAGGUCACAAUUAGGGUAUGAUCCUCAGAUUCUACAAAUGCUGAAAGAGGAGCAUCAGAUAAUUUUAGAAAAUCAAAAAAGUUUUGGAUUAUAUGUUCAGGAGAAGAGGGAUGGAUUGAAAAGAAGGCAGCAGCUAGAGGAAGAGCUGCUAAGAGCAAAAAUUGAAGUUGAGAAGCUGAAAGCAAUUCGACUACGGCAUGGUCUACCUGAAUGUAAUAGUCUCUGAGAUUUUUUUCAGUCUUGCAAUUUGAUUAUUUAUUUUGGCCUGAUUAGUUUCAUUUGGGAAUAUCCUGAAGCAGAGUACAUAUUCUUAAAACAUAUUGUUAAUCUCUAUUAUGAAAAAGGCUUUUUUGACAUGAUUUUCUGAUUAUUUAAUUUUCCUUUGAGAUAUAGUAAAACACUGAUGGCAUGCUUAUAAAUUUUUUGUCUUCCUGGGCCUUAAAAAAGAUGUUUUAUUUUGAUUAUUAACAUAUAUAAAUGCAUAUGUAUAUACAUAAAUAUUCUUUCAAAGUUCUGAAUCUUCAACAUUUUAAAUUAACACUUUGAAAGCUGUAUGUAGUUCAAGUUGUUUAUUAAUAAGUUAGUGUAAUUUAGAAGCAAUACUAGUUUAAUAGAAGCUUGUCUAUAUGACACUGAUUUUUAUGCUUUCAUUCUUUGAAGGAAUAAGUUCUAGAAUUUUAGGGACUAAAGUGUUAGGGACUAGAAUUUUAGGGACUAAAAUAGAAAGUAUUUGGAGAGCACUUUUCCCACCUCAAUUUAAAGGUAAUAAAACUGAGGGCGAGGGAAAAGUCAGUGAUUUACUUGGUUUAACAAAGCUCUUCAUGGCAUAGCAAGGACCAGCACUCAGUUUUUGUUUCUCUGUAAUUUUUCCCCCCUACUGUUCCUUUAGAAGUAAAAAUCUGCUAAAGUAUCCUACAUGGUAAAAAAUUAGAAGCAUUUAUUUCAUUAAAAUUGUCUUUAAAAAUCGGGGGAUUGUGAAAUCAGGGGGAUUGUGUCAAUUACUCCCAUCCUCCUUUUUUUUUGUCCUGCAAAAUAAGAUGUACUGUUGGAGCUGUUAUAUAUUGAGGUGGCCAAAAAAGUUUGUUUGGUUAGUGAAUAUGUUGUUCAGUAAAUGUGUCUUUUAUUUUUACUUAAAACUGAACUAACUUUUUGGCUAAUCUAGCAUGUUGACUAUGAGAUUUAAUAUGUUGAUUCAUUUUGAAUGUCUUAGUCUGAAAAAGAUUUCUUUCACGGUAAAAUCACAGUAAACUUUAAUGAACAAAAUUAAAAUUUUACUUACAAUAAAAAUAGCAAAACAUUAUAUGUGUAUAACUUAUGAUAUCUAUAGUCUUAUGUUUCUGUAAAUAUUACUGUUUUAGUGUUUGUGGAAAUAAAACCUUGAUUCUUAAAGCACACAUACACAUUUUGUUAAAUCUUUAAUAUGUGUACUACUUAAGGAUUUCUAUUUUUGCCAAGGGUUUGUUGAGGAAGGCUAUUUUAAGCCAAGCUUUAGAAUGGGGUAGGUUGGAUUUCAACAGUUUUGGGGGAAAAGGCUGUUUAUGUCAGAGUGAGCAGCAUGAAGAAAGGCAUAGAUGAAGAGAAAAAGUGGGUCAGACUGUAUAAGCCCAAAUACAGUGCUAAGCCAGGUGAUUUUUAAGUGAUUUUAAGUGAACACAGAGCCAGUUAGGGCUGUGAUAGUCUGGACGAGGACAUGUACCUUGACUAAUUGGGGUAGCUACUCUUUAGCUCUAGCGGAAUUAUUACAUGCAGAAAUAAGCAAGAAAUCUGCAUUUUUAUGAGAAAAUUUUAUUUUUAAAACAUUUACAAAUAAUUAAAAAUGUUGAAUAAAAACAUAAAACAUGUGAGUGGGCCUCGUCCAGCUGUUGGGCUUCAGGCUCAUGGCCUUUGGUAUAGACCAGUGGUUCACCAAGAGUGCAUCUUGGCCAGCAGCAUCAGUAUCACUUAAGAACUUGAGAGAAAUGUAAAUCCAUUCCUUCUGGAUCAGCGACUCAAAGGGGAGAGUCCAGCAGUUUGUUUUAAUAAGCUCUCUAGAGAUUUCUGAUGCAAACUAUAAAGCCAGUCAAAGAACCACUGAAAUAGAGUAUUUGGAAACCUAGCAUGGUGCAUAAAUCAUUAGAAUUUAAAAAAUUUUUGUUGAAGAGUGGGUGAAGGUAAACUGAGGGAUAUCAUUUUGGAAGUUGGAAACUGGUGCUAGAUUAUGGAUUACAUUAAAAGCUGUUGUAAGGAAUCAAAUGUGAAUGUAUAAUGGGAAACCUUGGAAGGCUUUUGAUUAGGGGCAUAUGCCUUGAGCUCUGUCUUAAGGUCAUGAUAGCAUUUCAGAGUGGGCAUUGUAGUGAGAUGAAAUCCAAAAUUUAGGUUAUGGCUACAGGAAUAGAAAGAAAGUAAAUAAAAUAGACUCUUACAGUACUGUUUGAGCCUGUUGACUGCUUAAUUUCAUUGGCAUUUUAUAUCUGCUAUUAGAAUUAAAUAUUAUAAAAAUAUUCUUGAAUGUAUAAUGUGAUAUAUCCUUUUGAUAAUUUCAUCUUCUUUAAUCUUCUCUCUGACUUUUCUUUCAGUCUAAAGACUUUUAUAACUCUUAUUUGAGGUAAUGUUUUUAUAGUAUAAUUCUCAUAAGUCUUUACAGUAGUAAGCUUUAACUUUUUGAAAUUAUUGAAAGCAAGUUACCAUACAAAAUGUAAUUCAUAUUAUAAUCUUAGCAUGGUACUACUCAGAAUUGUUAAUGAAUGUUCAAUUUGAAUGCUAACUUUGACAGCCAAAUCAGAGUUUUCCAAAUUGUUCUGUGGAAUAGUCAUUCUAUGAAAUGUCUUUAUUAGCAAAGUAACAUGUUCAAAAAAAGUGCAAUAUACAUUUUUUUUGGUGAUUAGAUUCUAAAAUAAGUGUGGAAGGUAAAAAUGUAGACUAUACAAAAUUGUCCUUGAAUGUUUUUUUUGCUGCCAAGAAAACAUAGUUUGCUUCAGUAAGAUUUUUCACCAGCGGUGUUCAAGAUUGUUGUUUCAUUGCUGAUAUCAUGUGACAAAUAUGUUAGCGUUUAGGGCUGAAUAGAAAACCUUAGUUUUACAUAUUUUUAAACACCAGCAUUCCACUCAUUGCAUCGGAGUUCAUUGCAGCAGUUUUUCUGAGUCACUGUUGUUUAAUUUUAAUCUGCAAAAAUUAAAGUGAGUGUGAUUCUGCUCCAUUUUUAUUGCUCUACCUCCUCACCCCAGCAAUAGUUAGCAUAGGAUAGUUUUUUGAGAAAUUCCGUGCGAAAAAGACUUGUUUAACUGCUGAACUGGUUUUGGAGGCUUUUUAUUAUUACCUUGCAGAGUAUCUUAGGGAAAUUCUGAGCUAAAGCUUUUUUCUUUUCCUUUCUAUACUGAGAAUUUUUUGAGUUUUUGACUACUUACCAACUUACAUUAACAGUUUUUGCUGAGGACAAGUUUCACUAAGGGGCAUAUGUAAGGGCAAAUUUUAUUAGUGCAAAUGGAAUAGAUCUGAAGCCCCCUGACAUCUUAUAUACUACAGAGAACUGUUUGGGGCCAUGAGCUUUACUUAUGAAGUGUAAUGCUGGGAAAACAUAGGAAACAGUGAUUUUAUUUUUUAAAUGUAGACUUGGUUCUGUAUAAAUACAUUAAAUUUGAAAAAUAUACUAAAUAAGACUAUUUCAUCCAAUAUAUUAGUGAUUUAGAUAGUGCAUCCAUUAUUCUUGUCAUCUUGUCUUUUCUUACUCAUUUGAACUUAAAUGGGUAUGUUGUUUUUUUUUUUUUUUAACAACUUAUGACUUUAUAAAACUAGGUAUGAUUUAUAAUAGCACCCUAAAAAAGUUUAUGAAGUUCUUUCAUUUCUAACAAAUGCCAGAUUUCUUAAAAUACGCAAAUAUAUUUCUGUUUUGUGUAAUGAGACAUCAACUUGCUGUAAUUUAAUUUUGAAAGAUUCAUUCUACCUUGUUGCAUCAUUACUUACAUGAAAAUGUUUAAAAUAUGAAUUUUUUUCAUGUGCCUUCUUUUAGAAUAAUGUCAAGUUUUAACUGAGUGUGGUAAAUUGUAAUUAAAAUAUACUAUAGUUGAUAGUGGUUAAAUGGUUUGUUAAUACAUGUUCUUUUAAAUACAUGGUAAUACGUUAUAUUGACUUGUGUACUCUUUUUGUGUGCCAUAAGUCAAAUAAUUCAGUACUACACAGGUAAAAGCUUUUGAUGAGACAUAAUUGAAAUAAUGACAUUUCUUUUGGUGAUUGUGCCAAUGGUUGGUGGUGGUUUAGUUGCUAAGUCAUGUCCAACUCCUGUGAUCCCAUGGAGAGAGGAGCCUGGCAGGCUACAGUCCACAGGAUUCUCCAGGCAAGAACACUGGAGUGGGUUGCCAUUUCCUUCUCCAGGGGAUCUUUCCAACCCAGGGAUUGAACCUGGGUCUCCUAAAUUGUUGGUACAUUCUUUACCAACUGAGCUACAAGGGAAGCCCUUGUGCCAGUAUAGAUGUCAAAUGUACCAUGUCUAAAUUUCAUAAUAUAUUUAUUUUUUUCAAUUGUUAAGACUCACACAUUCUCAAAAUCAAUUGAACAUUUGGUGGUAACUUUUGAUUGUAAAUAGUAAAAGUAAUUAGAUGAAAUAUGGUUGUAAUACUUAACAAAUAGAAAAGAGCAAAUUCUUAAAACAUGCAACCUAAUUAAACAUUAAUAGUCAUGCCACAUCUUUGCAUAUGAUUUUGAGAAAUUGGAUCCAUAUUUUUUAUAUAUCUUCUAUAAGUUGUUUUCACUAAAAAUAGCAGCUGUGAUGUGAAUUUAUAUUAUUUAUCUUUAGUUUUCAGUUCCUUUGUAAAUAGUGGAAAGCAAGUUAAUAAAUAAAUAAAUAAAAAUAUCACCUAAGUUAGCCCACAUUUAACUAACGUGUAUAUAUCAUUAGACUUACACUUAUCACAUAGUUAUCCAUCUAUAUCCAUCCAUAAAUUCUUUUUUUUUUCUUUUAAGGAAAACUUAUUUUAAAACAAGUUGUAGAAUUAAAAUACUUUACCCAUAAUCACUUCAGCAUGAGUGUUAUGAACUGGAGUUCAAUAUUUAUUUGUGUGUGUAUGAUUUUUAUAAGUAAAAUUUGCAAAAUGUGAAAUCUUAAUUACACCAUUUGAUGAGUUUUGACAAAUUACUACACCUGUGUAGCUUAAACCCACUUCAAGAUUUAAAAAGGUUAUCACCCUAUCACUUCUUCGCCAAGAUCAAGUGUAAAAAAUUAUCACCCUAGAAUGUGCUCUCCUGACCCUUCCUAACUGAUCCCCUGGCACCUCAGGCAACCGUUGUUCUAAUUUUUAAAAAAACAUAGAUGAAUUUUGCUUGUUCUAGAACUUAAUGUAAUUGAGGUCAAACAGUAUGGACUCUUUGUGUCUGUUUUCUUUCAUCCAUCUUACUGUUUUUAAUAUUCAUCCAUCCUCUCAUCAGUAGUUCAUUGCUUUUUUUGUUGCUGAGUAGUAUUCCAUUUUAUAAAUACACCACAGUUUGUUUAUCCUCUAUCUUUAAAAAAAAACUUUUUAUUUAUUUAAUGAAUUUAUUUGACUGUACCAUCUCUUAGUUGAGGCAUAUGGGAUCUUAGUUCCUUGACCAGGGAUCGAACCCAGGCCCCCUGCAUUGGGAGCAUGGAGUCUUAGCUACUGGACCACCAGGAAAGUCCCCAUCCAUUAUCUUUUGAUGGACUUCUGGACUUUUUUUCCAGAUUUUGGUUGUUCUGUAUUUUCUCGUAUAAGUAUGUCAUGAACUUAAUGCUGGCUUAAGGAAGAUAUAUGUUUAACUUUUUAAGAAACUGCCAAACCUUUUCUCAAAGUGAUUGUACCAUUUUACACUCCCAUCAACAGUGUAUGGAUUAUUUUUUAAAAUAAAGCUUUGCAUGUUUAUUGAUUGGAAUGUCAGAAUUGAAAUUGAUGAAUAAAUUUUUGUAUAUUUCAAUGAAUUAAAAAUGCUGGGUAGAUAGUUUAGGUAUCUGGGAAUAUUGUAGUUUGUUGAUUUUUUUUUUCUUUCUG